CAGCCUACUUCGCCGAAGCUGCCGCUCGCCCGCCUGGCCGACCUCCUCAUCGCCACGCUCGCCGACGCCGUGCCCGAGCUCGCCGCCGGGCCCGGGGACGGGAAGAAGGACGCCGUCGCUGUCGCCGCGCACCUCGACGCGGGGGUCGCGCUCCUCGACGCCUGCAACGCCAUCGCCGCCCGCGUCGACCGCCUCCGCCGCCGCCGCCUGCUCUCCCGCCUCGCGCUCCACCUCGUCUCCUCGUCGCCCCCGAGCCCGUCGUCCCUCAGCCGCGCGCGCGCCGCCCUCACCGACCGCGACAGCCGCGGUGUUCGGGCCCCUGCCCUGCCGGCGCUCCCUUCCAUCCCGUUCGUCGACCCGCCCCGCGGCGGCGGGGGACAGCAGAUCGCCGCCGCCGCGCGCGUCGUCCUCGCCGUCAACGCCGUGUCCUCCCUCGCCGCGACAGCCGCGGGCACCAUCCUCGGCGGCGCCAGCACCACCCGUGACCCCGCCUUCCCCCAGGUCUCCGGCGACCUCCCGUGGGCGGAAUCCUUCAACGCGGUCUCCAGCCAGCUCUCCGCCCUCGCCAAAUCCGCCACCAGCAACGAGAUCGACGCCGCGGACGAGGCCGUGGGCAAGCUCGCGGCGGCCCUCGACGGCGUCAGCGAGGGCGCCGCCCCGGAGGAGAAGACGGCGACCCGCGCGAUGCCGACGGGGGAGAAGACCGAGGAGAGGGAGCGGAUGGGGAAGCGGAACGGGUCGGAGAGCAUGUGGAACGGCGACCCGCCGUCGCCGGCGCCGAGGUACACGAGCGCGCCGGGGAAGAACGGCUGGAGGCGCAGCGCCUGGUAGUCGAGGAGGCGCUGGCACUCCGGGUACGCGGUGAGGAAGAUCUGGAAGCCCCGGUCGAGCAGGUACCCGUCGACCUCGUCGGUGGCGACGCGGCCGCCGACGCGGUCCGAGGCCUCCAGGAGCGUGAACGGACGGAGAGGGAGGCCAGGUGGGUGGCCGCGGCGAGGCCCGCGAGCCCGCCGCCGACGAUGACGGCCUGCUUGCCGGCCUGGUUCACGUUCGCCGAUGUCGCCGCGGCGGAGACGGCGAACCGGAGGGUGGCAUGGCGGCGGGGCGUGGGAGGCGCGGGGACGAGGAGGCGGGUGGCGUGGACGCGCACGGGGACGAGAGUUUAGGGGGUUUUCUGUAA